CGAAAUAAAUGGCAACACCUAAAAUCUGAUGUCAUUCUUGUCUGUUGAAAGCUGCUCGAAUGUGGAUUUUCACAGAACAAAUCAAUAAAUAAGACUGUAAUUUAGUUGUAAUUAGUAAAAAUGGAGUUAAAUGAUGUUAUAGUCAACCAGCCCGUCGUUAUAGAUAACGGCUCCGGUGUCAUCAAAGCAGGCUUCGCUGGCGACCAGAUACCAAAAUGCAGAUUCCCGAAUUACAUCGGUCGACCAAAGCACAUCCGGGUGAUGGCAGGCGCUCUGGAAGGCGAAUUAUUUGUCGGUCCUCGCGCGGAGGAGCACCGGGGGCUGCUCAGCAUCAAGUACCCCAUGGAGCACGGAAUUGUCACCGAUUGGAAUGAUAUGGAGCGUGUGUGGAACUAUAUUUACAGCAAGGACCAACUGUCGACGUUCUCCGAGGAGCACCCGGUGCUCCUGACGGAGGCGCCGCUGAACCCGCGCCGGAACCGCGAGAAGGCCGCGGAGGUGUUCUUCGAGACAUUCAACGUGCCCGCGCUGUUUCUGAGCAUGCAGGCCGUUCUCAGCUUAUACGCCACAGGGCGCACCACAGGCGUGGUCCUGGACUCGGGCGACGGCGUCACCCACGCCGUGCCCAUCUACGAGGGCUUCGCCAUGCCGCACUCCAUCAUGAGAGUAGACGUCGCAGGCAGAGACGCCACCAGAUACUUGAGACUCCUCCUCCGGAAAGAAGGAGUGAACCUCCGCACCUCCGCCGAGUUGGAGAUAGUGAAGGCCAUCAAGGAACGCGCCUGCUACCUCUCCCCCAAUCCUCUUAAAGAGGAAACACUGGACACGGAGCGAGCGCAGUACACCCUACCCGACGGAACACAGCUAGAGAUCGGUCCGGCGCGGUUCCGGGCGCCGGAAGUGCUGUUUCGACCUGACCUCAUCGGAGAGGAGUGCGAAGGUCUCCACGAGGUCCUGAUGUUCGCCAUUCAGAAGUCAGACAUGGACCUCCGUAAGGUCCUCUACCAGAACAUAGUGCUCUCCGGGGGCUCCACGCUGUUCCGGGGCUUCGGGGACCGCCUGCUGGCGGAGAUACGGCGGCUGGCGCCUAAGGAUAUGAAGAUCAGGAUCUCAGCGCCCCAGGAGCGCCUGUACUCCACAUGGAUAGGGGGUUCGAUCCUGGCCUCACUCGACACCUUCCGCAAGAUGUGGGUCUCCAAGCGGGAAUACGACGAGGAGGGGCACCGCGCCGUGCACAGGAAAACUUUCUAAUCGUGCUAUUCGACGAUAGAUGGCGCUAGUAGUAUUGAACAGUUUUUUUUUCUUUGGGUGUUUUCUAUGUAUAUACAGUACCGUCUGUACCAUGCGGGGCCCGGGCCCAUUGCCCCCAUCCUCAGGGGGCCCCGAAGGACAGACAGUAACAGUAUAUUUGAUUACCCAUAAUAUAUGUAUAGAAGAUCAUAGUAGAAAAUGCUAGUUUGACUCGCUUUCUUUGCUUUCCAAAAGGGCCGCAAAUUCUUAUGUUCCCAAGAGCCCCGGCAUAGUUUAAGACGGCCUUGCUAGUAGUAUUGGACAUCUUUAUAAUCACGCUACUCGACAACAGAUGACGCGGCAAAUGUAUUGUUUAAUUAUUUUCCAUCGUAUUUUCACGGAAACGUACGAAAGUGUCUUGCUAUUUCAGUCAGUCUCGGUACAAAAUGUACUGAGGUUGACUGAAGUAGUUUUCAGUGAUUUUAUGAAUAUACAAAAGCAUUAAUGAAAUUUGUAGGUAUGAUUACAGUCAUUUAUUUCGUAAACAUAACUAAGAGUAGUAAUAAAUCUAUUAAUCUUUUUAUAUUAUGUAAUAUAUUAUUAAUACUACUAGCGCCAUCUAGUAACAAGUAGCGAAACAACGGCAACUUAGUACUGUUGUCUAGAAUAUAUUAUAUAGCUAUUUUAAUGAAAGACAUUCAGUGCAAUCGUAUUAAAACAGAAAUGUUUAUCUCAGCUGAAGAAUCGAAUGGGUGAAUGUUUAACUUAUAUUUUGUAUGUCAAAAUGCUUAUAUCACCUGAAUAAAUAAUAGUACUAGGUACAGAAGACUCAUUCUCUAACAAAACGCGUCUGUUACGAUCAGCACAGAUAUGGCCGCUAGGUGGCGACAGCUCCACGCGGCUUAUGGCUAGCCACCAAAAUUGGUGUGGAACGGAUGUACUCUUAUCUACUUGUAGCAAAGCGACGAAAUCGCGGAGUGAGCCACGCCUGCUUAUAUGUACAAGGGUGAAUUUUCUUGUCACUAGUUGCCAUGGUUACGGUCUCCUGGGUCACUCUUAAAAUACUAGUUAUUUCGUAUUAAAAUGAACCAAACUUGAAUUUUAUGGUAGUUAUAAGGCCUUUCCAUAAUGGGACAUCUACUAAAGACGUUUGUAGAACAUGGUACAGCAGCUCUUCUAAGAAACUAUGCUACUAUUGUCUCCUGGCUGAUGGGACAGAAUAACAAGAAAUAGUUGAUCGAUCGAUAUACCUCAUGUAUAAUAGGCGUAUUAUAUUCAUCAGGCAUUCAUUAAGCACGAAGUUAUGAGUACAUACAUAUGUGGUUAUAAAACAAAGAUAAUUCAGUAUAGAGGAGUAUUACCAAAGUAAAUUUUGAAGUCACAGUAAAUUUACUGCCAUCUUUCGACGCAGCAUUAAAACUUUUAGAACGCCAUUUGACUUUAAUCCUUAUUCGUUCACUGAUAUGUGUUAAAUUCUUUAAAUAUCAAAAGGUGUCGCCAUCUACACGAGUAUAGGCCAAAGGUAUGGCGCCAUCUAUUCGAGCGAUGGACAAUAUGCCUCUAUACUAAAUUCUCUUUUACCAUGAAACUUAGAAAAUGCGCAAAAAGAGUGCUGUUUUUGAAGAUUUUGACAUUGUCUAUAACUGUGGCUCGAGAGGUUAUGUAGGUAUGCUGUGGCAAGCCAAGUUGUCAGUAAAAUAAGCAAGGAACUCCAAUUUUGUAUGAGAUUGAUCCUUUGCGCCUAUACAGUAUGUAACUGAACGAAAAGCAAUUACUCAAAUCCGUUAAUGUUUAGGUUAUACUGAGCAACUUUUACUAUGGGACCAACCCCGAAAUCGCGGAAAAAAAUUGGAUGUUUCAUACAUUUUGCUGGUCUGCUGUUGAAAUUUCCUAUGGGAGAGUCAAUAUUUUUUUAUUGUCAGUAGACAGACCUGGCUUGCCAGAGUACUUAUAUAUUAUACACCGUGUUUUUAUCGAAUUCCGUUAACUUCGGGGUAUGAUUAAGAACGUUUAAGAGAACUAAAUGGCAUAGUUAAUUUUCAAAAAUUUUUUUUUGCUUUUUUUAAAACAAAAAAAUAAUUAAAUGUAGCAUAUAGCGUUGUUGUAACACAGGCAUUACAUUUAACUCAACCAAACAAUUGAAAUCUGUGACAUAUCAAUGUCAUUUCGAACAUCUAUCGACCGAGAUUGUACUUAAGUUUAGUAGCAAAUGUAUGAACUCAUUCUAAACACUGAUCAAUAUGUAAACAGGCCCUAAGGCAA